AUGCAUGAGCAAGGCGUCGUGCACCGGGACCUGAAGCCAGAAAACAUGAUGUACUCCAGCGCAGCGGAGGACAUCAAAAUAAUGCUCACCGACUUCGGCCUCUCGAUGAUGGAGGGUUCCAGCUCCACGAGGAGCGUUUUCGGUAGCAUAGGAGUCAUCUCGUACAUCCUACUGUGCGAGAAUCAACCGUUCGACGCCGAGGACGAGGAGAACCUGAUCGUACAGAACCUGAAGGGGGAGUUCGAGUUCAACUCAUCGUCAUAG